CCAGGGAAGUGUUGGUCUGGGCGUCCUGCGCAUGGGAGGGAGUGAGUGAAGGAGCGAGGGGCGAGUUGAAUGAACGACUUGUAUUGCCAGGCCGGAAAAUUGGCUCAAGUACGACAUGUUGAAGGAAGAGUGUUCGUUAAGAAAUUAGACCAUCAACCUUUCUUGGCCUGCCUUAACACAUACUAGGAAACAAGGAAGUGCAUGAAUAGUGUCUUCGAGAUAACCAUGGAAAAAGCGAGCAGGAGAAAUCUUUGACGGUCUAGAAUAAUCUCUGGACCAGGAAGUUAUUAUAAACGAUCACUAAAAAAAAAAAAAAACUUAUUUCCUGGUUGAGAAAGAAAAAAGAAUACAGUGUGGAAGGGAAGAAAAACAUAAAACAACCGAGAUAGCGUAUUUUUAAAACUCUAAACUGUUUAAAAGCACUGAGGUUUAAAAGAGAAAAAGGUGUUAGGAACGUUGGGAUACAUAAAGAGGUUUUGUGAGUAGGAUUCUCAAAUCCCAUUGUGGAAAUAUACGAAAAAACAAGGCAAGGAGGAGGGAGGGGCGGUAGAAAGAGCAGCAGUAGAGUGUAAAGCCAACCCGCCGCCAGGUAACACCAGAAGCGGCCACAGCAGCAGGUGAUGGUGUCGGUGGGCUCGCCGCGCCAAGCACCGACGCCGCCCACCGCCAGCGACGGAGACAGAACACCGCCCGCGGGGACUACACGUCUUGCCGCCUCCUCCUGCCUGGCCCCACCCCUGCACGCGUAUGUGGAUAUUACCAUACACGAGAAUGUUCUCCAAAAGGUCGUGGUUAUGGCGGGUUCGGUCUCGCGGGCAGAUGAAGCACGCCGUACUGUUGGUCGUGUGUCUCGCUGCUUCGGUCCUCGUUCUCGAUAGCCUCGUGGCAAUAAGGACCGACCAAGGAUACCCCUCGUUUACUGAGCAGGAAAAAGGUGCCUCUUCCGCCACCCUGACACGCUCCUCGCCGCUCGUUGAGGCUCAGUACGUAGCUCCCCCCAAAACGGAGCCAAGACAGAGGAGUAGUAUUUCUGCUGCCGGAAAAGAUACAAUGCUGCUGAGUAAUAGUGAGGACUCUGAUGGUGAGUUCGAAGGCAAAGGAAUGAAUACCAAACUACCUAAAGAGACGCCCUCUAAUGAGAGACUUCCUGCUUUUGUUUUGAGCAAAGAUAUUGAGAAACUCAAAGAAAAUAAGGAGGAACCAAAGCAUUUCACUGAGACCAGUAAAAAUGCAAAUGAAGGUGCUUCUUUUGGUUUCGUAAACAAGAAUUUUGAGCCUCCACCACCGCGUCAGAGACAAAGAAGCGUCUUUGGAGACCUCUUGCAAGGGAUCAUGCAGGGCCAGACUGUUAUUAAUCCAGGGAGUCUCUUAGGAGCCUUGGCCGCGGUGAAGCAACUCGAAACCUUCCGACCAUCACACACAGAACAAGAGUCAAAACACGAAGCAAAGGAACCGCCCGGAAGUGCAACAAGUUUUCCAAAAACAAAUAAUAAUACUGAUGGUAGAAGAGGACAAGGGCCUGACACAGGGUCAAUAAAGAAAAUGGUUGAAAAAGAGUCUCUUCAAAGUCAGAAAGAAAAUUCUAGGAGUGAAGGCGGGGUUGGAGAAAAAGAACCCUUGUCUCCAGGGCAGAUGAAAGGUGGUCAGAGACCAAACACGCACAGGAUGAAGGGGGUAGUAGGAGUCAUGUCGUCACUUUUAGGUCAUGACAGAAGGCCUGGAGGGAGUGUUUUGGGGUCCUUCGUCAACAACCUUGCCCCGUUACUUUUGUCCAGUGCGCGUAGCAAGAAUGAUAGACAGAUGGAAGGUGGUGGCGGUGCGUCGGAGCCCAGUCCCCUUGGGGCGCUUGUUGGGGGGUUGGGGCCUGUCCUCUUGGCAGGGAUGGGAGCUCUUGGAGGUGGUGAUCCUGACUCAGCAUCUGGCCCACAAGGGAUGGGUUCUGUACAUUCCAUAAUCAGCCAAGUUGGGUCGUCCAUCAUGGCCGAACAGGCGCUCCACCCAAACUCUGCCAAUACUUUUCAGUCUCUCCUAAGCAACCUUGGACCUGUUCUUUUGGCUGGCUUUAGUCAGGGGAACAAACAAGGUUCAGAUAGAACAAGCCCAUCCAACUCCAACCCCAUGCAGUCUAUUUUAGGAGGACUGGGGCCAGCCCUAAUGGCUAUGGGCGCCCUUCAGAAAGGACUCAGUAAUAACAGUGGAGAUGACAAGGAGCGGCCACCUCAAAGCCCCCUUCAAGCCAUCGUGAGUGGAGUGAGCCAGAGCCUCCUUGGAGUCAAGCAGGCUGGGCUGGGUGGCCUUCUGGCCGAGGUGGCGCCCGCUUUGAUGGCAGGAGCAGCGCAUCGAGGGUCAAGGUCACUGCAGGGAACGAAGGGAGAGACCGAAGCAAGUCAGGACAACAACGUGAUUGACUCCCCUGCCGAUCAUAAGCUUUUAGGCACAAGGCUGGGCGUGGGGGGCGCUGCAGCGAGGCUAGUGCUGCAGGGGGCGUUGUCCUCACUACUACCGGAGGAGCUGUCGCUACCCGAGACCAACUCAGUUCGAGGCAUUUGGGAUAUGGCCAUCAACCUGGGCUUUGGGAACCCUCGCGACGACCAUAACAGAACAAGUCGGUUCUGGCGGUGGCUGAGGGAGUACGGCGGGGGCAAGGCGGCAUCAGACAGUGAGGACACCACCACACCGGCCUGGAUCACCGCAGCCCUCACAGCCCACGACCAGCAGCGUGCGACCCACGCCGCCACCAUCACCAAGGUGUACAAACGCCUGGAGGUUCUUCAACCGCUCUGCCACAACGUCCUGUCCGUCGGGGGACUGUUCAGCUGGAAGACGGGCGUGUUGGCUGAUGCAAGGGACGUGUGCAUGGACCCUGACGUGGCCCCGCGGAGUAAGGACUGUGUAGUGUAUUCCUUCGGCGUGAGAGACAAAUGGGGCUUCGAGGAGGACAUGGAGGACAUGGGCUGUGAGGUGUUUGCAUUCGACCCCAGCAUGACCACGGGGAACCAUAACCACUCCAGCAACAUCCACUUCUACAACCUGGGCCUCACCGCGUCCUCCGCCGCCACCGUCACCACUAGGCACGGACAGGUGAGGAGGAGCAGAAGGGAGGUGUGGCGCUUGUUCCCGCUGGCCGAGGUGAUGGCGAGGCUGGCCCACAACACCACCGCUAUUGAUUACCUGAAGCUGGAUAUCGGUGGGGACGAGUGGCAGGUGCUAAAGGAAACUGCGAAAAACAAUCGCCACACACUCACCAACCUCAGACAACUCGGGGUCGAGGUUCACCUUGAGGACGCGCUGAAGGAUCCAAAGCUGUACACACUCUUCCUGGAGACUCUUGAGGACCUGGAGAGCCUCGGGUUUCAGCUCUUCUCGUCCCGCGCGACGCAGAGACGCGGCUGGAGCUACCAAGAACCGCUACUUCAGGGGCGACAAGUGAGCCUCCACUACGACCUGGCCUUCCUCAGAGUAUAGGGGUGGUGAUGGGUGAGUGGGGCGGAGAUAGGGAGAGUAGCAGGUACUAUCGUAAGCAUUGCUCCUCAAGACACUCAAAAUCGCCGGAGACGAAAUUUGGCAAGGUCGCUUUUCCUCCCCCUCUGUCCCCCUGUCCCUCCUUAUAUCCCUGGGGACGGGAACUGUCAGGCGAGUCCAGGUGUGUGUGUGUGU